UAGGCGGCGCGGGGCGCCCGGCAUGGAGCUCCCGGAGGCGCGGCAGGGUCCGGAGCUCGGUGGCACGGCGGCGGUGGCUGCCCCGAUUUCCUCCAGCUGCCAGUCUUUGCUUCGUGUCCCCAGUCCCUAGACGCCUCUUCCCCUCCCGUGUCCCUCUUCCUAUGGAGUCCUUACGGACCGAACAGAUGCUGAGCUUGCCCGCCGAGGUCAGCAGCAACAACUUGGAGCCGGCGGAGCGAGGGGCAUCAGCGGCCCAAGUAGACAUGGGCCCCCACCGAGAGGCGGCUGCAGAGAGCCCAGCACCUCUACCGACGCGGGAGCCACAGCAAGAGCAGUCUCCGGGAACCUCAACGCCGGAGAGCAAAGUCCUGCUCACGCAGGCAGACGCCUUGGCGUCCCGGGGGAGAAUCCGGGAAGCCCUCGAGGUGUAUAGACAGCUCUCCGAGCGGCAGCAGCUGGUGGCUGAGCAGCUGGAGCAGCUGGUGCGCUGCCUGGCGGACAAAGUCCCGCAAGGCGAGGCGCUGGCGCCAGCGCCCCCGGGCGAGGGUAGCACUGCAAGCGGCGCCGUGGCGGCGGAAGAGACGGGGGCCGCCGCAGGCGCGGCGGCCACCGAGGUGUGGGACGGCUUUAAGUGCCGGAAAUGUCAUGGGUUUCUAUCAGACCCCGUGUCCUUGUCGUGUGGCCACACCUUUUGUAAACUGUGCCUGGAACGUGGGCGGGCCGCCGACCGGCGCUGUGCGCUGUGCGGGGUCAAGCUCUCCGCGUUGAUGGUGGCCACUGGGCGGGCGCGUGGAUCCCGGCGGGCUGGGCAGCAGCCUCCGCCGCCGCUGCGAGUCAACGUGGUGCUCAGCGGCCUCCUCGGGAAGUUGUUCCCAGGCCCGGCGCGGGCGUCGCAACUCCGGCACGAGGGCAACCGGCUGUACCGCGAGCGCCAGGUGGAGGCGGCGCUGCUCAAGUACAACGAGGCAGUUAAGUUGGCUCCGAAUGACCACUUGCUUUAUAGCAAUCGGUCUCAGAUUUAUUUCACCUUGGAGUCUCAUGAGAACGCACUGCAUGAUGCAGAAAUAGCAUGUAAGCUCCGCCCGAUGGGUUUUAAGGCACAUUUCAGAAAAGCCCAAGCCUUAGCCACCCUAGGCAAGGUGGAGGAGGCACUAAGGGAGUUUCUCUACUGUGUAUCCCUUGAUGGAAAGAACAAGAGAGCAAGAUGUGAAGCCCAAAGACUUCUCCUUAGUUUCUUUUCACCAUCAGUCCCGGGGGAUUCUCAGGAACAUUCUCCCGAUAUCCUGAAGCUGUUGGCACCUCACCCUAGAUUAAAGGAAAACGUAGAGUCAAUGACUACUGAAGUUACCAGCCAUAAUCUGCCAAGGUUGUUACAGGACAAUCUGGAGCUCCCACAUUGUUCUAGUCAGGAGGAAGCUGCAGCCAGGGGAGAUGGCAGCAGUCUGAUGGAUCCAGCUAAAGUGAAGGGGGAUGGUCAGCAGCACCACAUGAAAGACCAGGAAGAAGAGGAGGAGAAGUGGGAUGCUACCUCUCCAAAAGCUGCUUCCAGCAAGACUGGAAAAUGCCAGGAAAAGAAAAGGAAACAUUGCCAAAUUGAAUCCCAAGAAGACACAGGGAUGCCUAAUAAAGCCUCCAAGCAAGAUCCUCCCACUGAUCAGGGGGACAAACCUGCUCUCAGUUUACCACUUGCAUCUUUCGACGCAUCUGACCUUGAAUGCGCUCUAUGUAUGAGAUUAUUCUAUGAGCCAGUCACAACACCUUGUGGGCAUACUUUUUGCUUAAAAUGCCUAGAAAGAUGCCUAGAUCACAACGCCAAGUGUCCAUUGUGCAAAGACGGUCUUUCACAGUGCUUGGCAUCAAGAAAAUACAGCAAAAAUGUAAUAAUGGAGGAGCUCAUAGCUAAAUUCCUUCCAGAAGAACUGAAGGAACGAAGGAAGCUUUACGAAGAGGAAAUGGAAGAACUUUCUAACCUUAAUAAGAAUGUGCCUAUUUUCGUGUGUACUAUGGCCUAUCCCACCGUUCCUUGUCCCCUGCACAUCUUUGAGCCUUGUUACCGCCUGAUGAUUCGUAGAUGCAUUGAGACAGGCACGAGACAGUUUGGCAUGUGCCUUGGAGAUCCUGUCAAAGGGUUUGCAGAAUAUGGCUGCAUCCUAGAGAUCAGAAAUGUUCAAUUCUUUGCCGAUGGCCGCUCAGUGGUUGACAGCAUAGGAAAGAGGCGCUUCAGGGUGCUCCAUCAGAGCCAGCGGGAUGGCUACAACACAGCCGACAUUGAAUACAUUGAAGACCAAAAGGUUCAGGGAGAGGAUUGUGCUGAGCUCAUGGGAUUACAUAACUGUGUCUAUCAGCAAGCGUCAUUGUGGUUUCAUUCACUCAAAUCAUCCCUAAAGAAUCGGAUACUCAAUCACUUUGGUCCCAUGCCGGAGAAAGACGCUGAUCCUCAGAUGAACCCGAAUGGCCCAGCCUGGUGCUGGUGGAUGUUAGCGGUUCUUCCCUUGGAAAGCCGAGCUCAGCUCCCCUUCCUAGCAAUGAGGUCCUUAAAGGACAGACUGAAUGGUAUUCGACGAGUCCUGGCCUUCAUAUCCCGAAACCAAAACUAGUGAGUGGAUUGCUGAAGAGGAGCUCCCACCUUCCCCACUGCCGUUGGGAGGAGUCUUGUAAAUAUAUCUAAUUGCAAUAAUAUCUUAAGGGAGUGUCAAACAGAGGCGUCAGCCUGCUGUUGAUCACAGAGAGAAAUUGAGUAGAAAGACCAAAAGAAUGUGACCUAUUUGAAACUUUCUGUCUUAAGAUGCUUCUUGACAUGCUGCGUAACUACAUAAACAGCAGAGGUGUUUAAGAGCCCAGAAAAACAUAAUUUGAUUUUAACAUUAAAAUUUCCAAAAGUUUAAA